UCGGGUCAAGUUUCGUUUCUCUGUAAGCGCUAGCUAGAAAAAAUGUGAUUCUUCCACAUAUAACGCAGGCUACUGUGCUAUCUAACACCGUUCACAAUGCUACGGAGAGCAAUGUUUCGCAGUGGAGAGCUGUGUUCGCGUGUUUUUGCGGUGGAGUUUGAUUUGCGCGCUGAACCUCUUUAUUUCACACUGAGCUCAAGCCCACAGGUUCUCCAUCAUGAUCACCAACAGCUCUUUGGAGAGUGUGGGAAGCUCUUCUCGGUACAUGUCCAAAGUGAGAACAGAAUUGAGAAAGCGCAAACGCACGCCGAAAUAAAACACAAGCUGUCUUCAACAAUCUCGCGAGAUUGCGAUGUUUUUGAAGCGUCUUCGUUUAUUCCGGACGACGAAAAGAGCGUCGUUAAAGGCUUUUUUAUACGAGACAAAUCCACUACAACACUUUCAGAGGACUUAUUAAACACAUUGCGGCAGAGUAAAACAGUUUGUGUGUUUUCAUACAAGCGCGAGGGUCAGUACUGCUGGCAGGAGCUGUGGUCACCUGUCAAUCAAGUGAAGGAGUCAGCGAGACAGUACAUCACUCCUGCUACAGCAGCAGAGCAUCACCCAUCCACACUGAACAUCAGGAACUCCGAUGUCUUCUACAGUAUGGAUGAAGCCUAUAAGGUUCUUCAGGAGUGCACUGACAUUAUCCCGGAGUCAAAGGACGUGUUGAAGCUCGUAGAUGAACGGUUGGAGACAAGCACUGGUGAUGGAUUUCCUGUCAUUGUGAUCGAGGGACUUGAUGCUACAGGUAAAACUACUCUCACAGAAGCCCUGCGGGAGUCUCUGAAUGCCACUCUGCUGAAAUCUCCUCCCCAGUGCCUGGAUUCUUUCAGACAGCGCUUUGACUCAGAACCACCCCUCAUCCGCAGGGCCUUUUACGCUCUGGGGAACUACAUCACUGCAGCCCACAUCGGAAAAGAGUCCUUAAGGGCUCCUGUCAUAGUGGACAGGUUUUGGCACAGCACAGCAGCGUAUGCCAUUGCCACAGCAGUGAGUGGGAGGGUUGAAAACCUCCCUAGGCUGGACUCAGAGCUCUACCAGUGGCCAGAAGACCUGCUUCAACCAAACCUGGUGCUGCUUCUCACUGUCAAUCCAGAAGAAAGACUGAGAAGACUCAGAGACAGAGGACAGGACAAGACCGUUGAGGAGGCUGAGCUAGAGCUCAAUCAGCUCUUCCGACUUAAAGUGGAGGAAGCUUACAAGAGAAUCCAGAAUCCCGCCUGCAUUAUCGUGGAUGCAAGCCCCUCUCCACAAGAAGUGCUGCAACAAGUGCUGCAUUUAAUUAGGAACAAAUGUCACUUGUAAACAACGGGCUCCCUAUUGGACGAGGCAAGAAGCCCUGCAAUCCCUCCGCAAAACACUAGAUGGUAGUGCAGUGUUACGAUUCCAUCCUUAGUCAACUAAACCCACUGUAAGAGCCCCAGUCAGCUGAGCCUGUUGAUUGAAAGGGAGGCUGGUGGCUAACUGCCAGCAUAUAUUUCAGGGCUCGUAUCAGGACAUGUCACAACAUAUUCCCCUUCCCACAGAGCUUUAGUGAUGACACGGGAGGGAAAGUUAUUGCGGGUGCCGUAGCUGGAUGUCAGCUCUCAUACGCAGGGUCACAGCGUCCACUUUCCUCACUCUGACUUAUUCCCAGUGAAACACAGGAACUCAGCUAAAGAGGUUUGAGAAUUCAUCAAUCACUUCAAUUAGAUUUAAACACAAGAACUCAUUGUUGGUCAGCUCAGCAUUCACUCCUAUAGGAGAUGGAAUCAAGGGACCUUAUGGAGGUAUUAAAAGCAAUAGAUCUGGUCCAGGCAAUUUUAACUUGCUUUGAUUUGUUGCUGUUGCUUUUGGACCCAGACUCUGAUCUUUAAUUAAGAGUGAUAUGCUAGGACAAAAAUGUACAUGUAUUACUCAGUUUUCAGUUCCAGUUUGUUAAUUGUACGGAAAUAAUCAGCUAAGAAUACAUUUUGAUAUAAUAAACAUCUUUGUUUAUAGUUUUUCAGGAAAGUUUAUCCUAAACAUGAAAAUUCUGUCAAGAGGGAAACACUAUUGUCAAGCUCCAAAAUAAAGACAAAACAAUUAUUUUUUUAUAUUUUUAAUUAAUUGAUUUUGGUGAUUGCUCUGAAAUCUCAUAAAUUGUCUGUAAACACAUCGUGCCAAGUUUUGACAGAGAUCGAGAUUUAAUCUCCAUGCCAAACAGUAUUGCGUGAACAGACUGAUUAAUUAAUACUAUUAUUAUCUUUUUCUUUUUCUUAUUGUUUUUUUUUUAGCUAUUUAAUAUCAAUCUCUGUCAAAACUUGGCACAAUGUGUUUACAAACAAUUUGAGAAUUCAGAGCAAUCACCAAAAAAGACACACCAUAAAAAUAGUCCAUGCUUUAUUCCAAGCCAAGCAAUAUAUUUGUGUGAACAGACUGAUUUAUUAUUUCUUUUAUCUUUUAUUUUAACUAUUACUUUUUAA